AUGGAGGGUGAGCCCUUGCCCGAUGCUCCCGAUGCCCCCGAUGCUCCCGAUGCUCAAGUCUCCCCUACGCUGCAAUUGCAGACAGCUACCAUCCCCGAGUUCUCCGCACCUUCUCUGUCACCCUCGUUUAGGCUAGAUGAAGGCUAUUCGGACGAUACUCGAAGUCAGGCUGACAAAGAUCUGGGAUCGGACAAUGUCAUGGCGCUUCCAAAUUGGGUGCUCGCCCAGUCCGAAGCUGGCAGAGCUGUCUUCUUCGGUCUCUACGAACCUCGAGCAUCGCCGCAGUAG